AUGAAGGCUGAGGGACCCCAGCAGGCGGAGUGCGAGGGCGCACAGUUCCAAAAUGACGGCAACGUUAUCACCAUCGAGAACGAUAACGGCUGCGGCUUGACCAACUACGAGUACUCUGCUGAGUACUGCCCCGACCAGGAUCACCUGGUGGUCAACCUCGUGAAGCCCUACCAAGUGAGGAUGGUGCUGGACCGCCAGGCCUGCCCCGUUGCUGGCGAG